AUCAGUUUGAAUUGACAGCGUUUCUUUCUGAUUCGACACGUUGAACACUACUAGCAGCUCCAACUUUACCGAGCAACUUCCCCGGGAAGUGGUACUACCUAUGUUGUUUUGUAGGUAUCAUUCUGGGUUGGAAGUCCUUUAUAAUGCAAAAAUUAAGCACCAUUUUGAUCUUUACUUCGGCCCCAUUCCCAAUGAACUCCAUGAACUUUCUCUGGUUGAAGAAGCACUGAUUGCUCGACGGCGUGCCAAAACAAGGAUCAUACAUCUGCAAGACAACGUCUCACACCACAGGACCCACCUCUUCAUCCACGCUUCCUACUGCUCAAAGAGCCCUCAAGGGUCACGUCAUAGUAUUUCCUGCUCAACCAGACGCCCAAUACAGUGAUGCGUAUUACGUUCCAUUUUGCACACUUUCAGAUCGGGAUGCCUGUGUUCACGAUGGCACCCCAUUGUUUUCUUUUGAAUCAAAUGUAGUUCGGAAGUAUGUACACAUAGCUACACAGCGUGAUUUCUGAGAAGCGGAAUGUAAACAAUGCGGAGAUUGCUUAUGUAACUUUCAAAAUCGCCAGGCGGCGUCCACCAGUUAUUUUAUGUAGUUAUGUCCUUAGCGUAAUAUCCAUUGUAAUCAGGGCCAAAUUUGUCACGGUCAAUACAUUGUGG